AUGAUUCAUCAAGUAGACGACGUGAUGGCGCUCUGCUGUAAGCUCUCCGAGAGCAGGCAGAUUAAAGCGGCUGUGCGGAACUCAGCCAAAGGAGCUGCUGCUGCUGCUGGAGGGGCUUUUGUUGGGGGGCUGCUCGGAGGUCCACCCGGUUUAUUUAUUGGUAGUUCUUUGGGAGGUGCCGUGGGAUGGUGGAUGACCAGUGGCACAUUCCGUCCCCUUCACCAGAUCAUAAUGGAGAUGCCUCCUCAACAGAAGAUGAAACUGUACUCUGAGGUCAUGGCAGUACUGGGCAAACUGGAUUGGGUUGAUCUGGCUCAGCUCAUUUUUCUGGUGAUGGGUAACUCCUCUCUACAGAUGCGAGUACUCACUACUUUAAUCUCUUUUGCCACAAAAGAGCUCGGAGCCAAAGUGGAGUAUGAACAAAAAUAGUCUUGUUUAAUUCCGUUUUUUUUUUUUUUAUCAUAAAGAUACCUUGUGUUAUGGUCGACUCCUUUUCCUAUAUUUCUAUUUUAAUCCAGUUUACCAGAGCCACAGAGUUUCACUGUAAACCUCAACAUUUUUUUAAUAUUUAGAUGCUUAAAAUACUUUUCAAGUAAUCAGUAAGUGAGUAAAUCCGAGUAAAUAAGCAAUAAUCUUUUUUUAAAACACGUAAAAUCAAGACCACCUCAUGAGCCAUUUCAGUACAGUUAAAGGGAUAUUACCUAAAACAAAAACAAAGAAAAGAAAAUUCAGUCAUUUGACUUUCCAUUAUAUGGCCCAAAUAAUAUACAGUUACAAUAAUAUAAAAGUAUGUUCUACAAAAGUAAGACUGACACAAAAGUUUGGAACAACAUGAGGGUGAGUAAAUUAUGAUUUUAUCAAUUUUGGUUAAUAAUACAUCUAAUAAUAAUUAGUUAAGCAUAUUAAUCAUAUUUUAAAAAGCAUAUUAAUUAGUUAAGCAUAUUAAGCCGUAAAAAAAAAAAAAGUGUUGUUUUCAUAUUCAUUUGAAUUUUUUUUUUCUUAAAACUUAGGAUAGGAUAGGAUUUAGCUGACCUGAAUCAGAAUCAUCUUUGAAUUUUUGUUGUUCUUUAAGGCUGCAACAAACUACACAACUUUUAAUUUCAUUAUACACGUAUACCCACUUUGUAAAUCAUCACAAAGCCGGCUCAAAAUAUCAAACAUGUUUGAUAUCAUCUGACUAGAUGGAUUUAUAAUCCGUAGCUAAAAAGUCUAUGGACAUCAUACACUACACAAAAAAUAUCAAACAUGUUUGAUAUCAUCUGACUAGAUGGAUUUAUAAUCCGUAGCUAAAAAGUCUAUGGACAUCAUACACUACACAAAUUUCUGUGGAAUCUGUAAUUCUAACAUGAUUGACACAGCGUUAUUUCAUAAUUGCAGGAAUAACCCCUUAACACAUGUACCACGUUAUUGUAAUCGUGUUUAUCUGGCGCCCUAUAUGCACUACUGUUCAAAACUUUGGAGUUGGUAUGGUUUUUAAUUUUUUUUUAAUUAUCUUAUGCUCAUCGGUGUUGCAUUUAUUUGAUUAAAACAUAGUAAUAUUGUUAUUACAAAUAAAAAAUUAGUUUUAAUAUAUUUCAAAUGGUAUUUAUUCACACAGUCAUCACUCCAGUCUUUAUUGACACAUGAUCCUUCAGAAAUCAUUCUAAUGUGCUGAUUUGGUGCUCAAGAAACAGAUGUUCUGCUUAAUAUUUCUUUGGAAAAUGGAAAGAAAACAUGGAAAACAUGAUACAUUUUUCAGGAUUCUAUGAUGAUUAGAAAACUCAAAAGAAGAGGGAUUAUUUGAAACAGAAAUCUGUUGUAACAUUAUGAAUGUCUUAUGUAACGAUAUGAAUGCAUCAUUACUGAAUAAAAGCUUCAAUCUCACUGAUGAAA